AUGCGCAGGGAGAUGAACGGGGUCACUAAGAGCCGCUUUGAGGUGAGGCCCCGGCCGGCCCUGCGGGGGGAGGCCCGGCCUGGCCCGGUUGAGGAAGCGCUGAGGGGGGGACCGGGCCGCGGUAUCUCUUAUUUCUGUUCCAGAAUUUUCUCUUUCCUGGAUGUGGUCACUCUGUGUCGUUGCGCUCAAGUUUCCAGGGCAUGGAAUGUUCUGGCCCUGGAUGGCAGUAACUGGCAGCGAAUUGACCUGUUUGAUUUCCAGAGGGAUAUUGAGGGCCGGGUGGUGGAAAACAUUUCCAAGAGAUGUGGGGGAUUCCUGCGGAAGCUGAGCCUGAGGGGCUGCCAGGGAGUGGGGGACAACGCCUUAAGGACCUUUGCCCAGAACUGCAGGAACAUCGARGUGUUGAAUCUCAAUGGUUGUACCAAGAUCACGGAUGCCACCUGCACCAGCCUCAGCAAGUUCUGCUCCAAACUCAGGCACCUGGAUUUGGCUUCCUGCACCUCCAUCACCAACCUGUCCCUGAAAGCACUGAGCGAGGGAUGCCCGCUGCUGGAACAGCUGAUCAUCUCCUGGUGCGACCAAGUGACCAAGGACGGGAUCCAGGCACUGGUGCGGGGCUGCGGGGGGCUCCGGGCGCUGUCCCUCAAGGGCUGCACUCAGCUGGAAGACGAGGCCCUGAAGUUCAUUGGUGCCCACUGCCCUGAGCUGGUGACCCUGAACCUGCAGACCUGCCUGCAAAUCACGGACGAUGGGCUCAUCACCAUCUGCAGGGGCUGCCACAAACUGCAGUCCCUGUGCGCCUCGGGCUGCUCCAACAUCACCGACGCCAUCCUCAACGCCCUGGGACAGAACUGCCCCCGCCUCCGUGCAAACUGCCAUGAGCUUGAAAAAAUGGAUCUGGAAGAGUGUGUCCAGAUAACAGACAGCACGCUAAUCCAGCUUUCCAUACACUGUCCACGGCUUCAGGUCCUGGUGAGUAUUCCAAAGGACACUUCCAGCAUUUUUCUCCCCCGCCCUCCCCUGCCUUUCUCAUUGCAGACCCAUCUGCCCAACAUCAAAGUCCACGCCUACUUCGCCCCGGUGACCCCUCCUCCGUCGGUGGGCGGCAGCCGGCAGCGCUUCUGCAGAUGCUGCAUCAUCCUAUGACACUGGAGCCUCCUCCCGGCAAACUGAGGCUGGAACCGCCCCGCCCCAUCCCGGGGGACGCCAGAACCUUGGAGGAAAGCGAUCCCAGUGUCAUUUGAGGGCCAGUGAGCAGGGCUGGGCUGCCCUGUAGCCACCCACACCACCCCCCCUGUGAUCCCAGUGGGAUGAGGGACUCGGGAUGGGAGCUGGAGCCGAGCGCCGGCUUUUCUGCGGGGUGGAUCGGCCUAAAUCCCAAACUGGGCUCUCCUGACCAGGGAAAAACCCUGCGGGAAGGAGGGGAGGGCUCACAACCCCGAGGGACUGAUGCUGCUGGUGAGGUUGGAAAAGGAGCCUUGGAAAUGGGGAUCCUUGGAAAUGGGGACAGGAGAGGAGAGGAGUAGAGUGCGCUUUGACCUUGCAGCCGCGGUCCGCAAGGAAAAAUCCCAACAAUCCUGAAAACCCAACGAGGUUUAUGGCCGUUCUUCAGUGAGGGAAUGAAGCAGCAGCUGUUGAACCGUGAUUUCCCUGGGAUCCAGGAUUUCUAUGAGAUUCAGGAUUUCCCUGGGAUCCAGGAUGACCCUGAGAUCCAAGAUUUCCUGGGAUCCAGGAUUCACCAGGGCCAGGAUUUCUCUGGGAUCCAGGAUGUCCCUGGGAUUCAGGAUUCCCCAGGGCCAGGAUUCCCUUGUGUUUCCCUGCUCCCACCCUGAGCACGCUCCAAGAGCUUGAGAGGCUCAGAGGCUUCCCAGAUUCUUCUCAAAAUUUUCCCAAAUUCUUCCCAUAUUCUUCCCAGAUUCUUGUGAUAGAGCUGGGAAUCUCUAAUACCACAUUUGUUUACUCUCCCCACAUGCUGCUUUUCCUUUUUUUCUUCUUUUUUUCCCUUUUUUCCCCCCAAAUUUCUAACUCAGUCACUUCAUGAGAUUUCCCAACCCAGAGCGACGAAUCCGUAAUUUCAGUUUCUAAAAAUGAGUUUUUCCCCAUGAAAAUUUUUCCUCCUGAGCCUCUGAUGAGCUGUCUGGUGGAUUUUUAGGGAGCGUGGGGUUCUCCUGGGCUUUCCCAGCCUGUGAGAUCAGGGAUGGGGUGUCCAAAUUUAUCCCAAUUUCCGGUUUUAUCCCAAUGACGAGGAUAUAAUUCUCCACACAGGGAAUCAUAUAAAUACAGAUAUAUAAUUCUCAGUGCAGAAAAAAAAAAAUUCCAGCGGCUGUAAAUUCCCUCCUCCUGUCCUUUCCCUCCAUCCCGAGGAAAAGCAAAGUAGAGGUUUUUGCUUGUUGCCCCGAGGAAGAAUUCAGGAGCAGGUCCGGGAUCCGCCCUGGCUCCUGGGAUCCUUCCCACCCUCCCCACCUUCCCCAGGUAAGUGUGGCRCCCUGGAAGGAUCCCCGUGGUGACUUUGGGGUUUGGAUGUGCCAGACCCAUCUCUGGAGGGAGGGGAGGGCUCUCUGGCUGCUUUUUKGGGGGCGUUUCAUGCGGAACGGGGGAGCCCGGGCUGACCGAAUUCCCGUGGAACUGCUGGGCAGAUCCCAAGGGUUGAACGGGGCAGGGCUUGGGCAGCUCCGUGUCCAAUCCUCGCCCUCGGUGCUCCCGGUGUGGGGGAAGAGCAGGAAUGGCUGGUCAGGGGUUUGCCAGGGCCUGGGGGGGUGUUUUCCCACCAGGAAUUCCAAGGACAAUGCGCUGCUCAUCCCCCGGAGCUGCACCCCUUCCUCUCCCCGGCCCCCCCAGUCUGUGCUCCCGCCCCGCCGGGAGCGACUCCAGGCUGCUGUGGUUAAAAGGAUACUGUCAAUGCCUUCCCGUAGGUGGCUUUUAAUCCCUCAUAUUUAUUCAAAUCCUCUUUAGCGCUGUGGAUUCUCCCCCUCUCCUCGGGCGGCUUCAUUUCCAGAACUUUCUCCAGGUUUCGGGGUGGUGGAAGAUGCUGGUGACGGACUGGACGGGCGAGGGGUCACCYGGCAAUCACAGGAUUUGCACAACUCUGGGAAAAA